UAUAGCCCUCCCCCCGGAAAUAGGCCCUCUUUCCGCCGGGCGGCGCGGCUCAAGAUGGCGGUGCAAAUCUCCAAGAAGCGCAAGUUCGUCGCUGAUGGCAUCUUCAAAGCUGAACUGAAUGAGUUUCUGACUCGUGAACUGGCUGAAGAUGGGUACUCUGGAGUAGAAGUCCGGGUCACUCCAACCAGGACUGAGAUUAUCAUACUUGCCACCAGAACCCAGAAUGUGCUGGGUGAAAAGGGACGUCGCAUCCGGGAGCUGACGGCUGUUGUGCAGAAGAGGUUUGGCUUCCCCGAGGGAAGCGUGGAGCUCUAUGCCGAGAAGGUGGCCACCAGAGGUCUGUGUGCCAUCGCCCAGGCAGAGUCCCUGAGAUACAAACUUCUGGGAGGCUUAGCAGUGCGUCGGGCCUGCUACGGUGUCCUCCGCUUCAUCAUGGAGAGCGGUGCCAAGGGCUGCGAGGUCGUCGUGUCUGGCAAACUCAGGGGUCAGCGUGCCAAGUCCAUGAAGUUUGUGGAUGGUUUGAUGAUCCACAGUGGAGACCCGGUGAAUUACUACGUCGACACAGCCGUGCGUCACGUCCUGCUCCGGCAAGGUGUGCUUGGAAUCAAAGUCAAAAUUAUGUUACCAUGGGACCCAAGUGGAAAGAUUGGCCCCAAAAAGCCUCUUCCAGAUCAUGUCAGCAUUGUGGAACCCAAAGAAGAGAUCUUGCCCACCACCCCCAUUUCAGAGCAGAAAGGUGGCAAACCAGAACAGCCAGCCAUGCCGCAGCCAGUUCCCACUGCCUGAGAGCUUGUGUGACCUUCUGGAGUGAACUUAGCAGAUCCUGAUCUAAACAGAGUGGGAACAAGGUGCUGAUUUCUAGAGAGAGGUUUGGAGUCCACUGACAAUUACACUGCAGUCUUUCUCCAAGGCUUCCAGGAGGGGAGCUUGUUUAGCAAUGUCCAAAGCAGUUGCAAUCUCUCAGGCUUCACUUGAAGUAUUACUGUAUUUUCUACUAAAUGCUUUUGUCACC